AUGAAAGUCCAUUAUAUUAAUAUAUUAUUGUUUGCUCUUCCAUUAAAUAUAUUGGAACAUAAUAAAAAUGAACCACACACCACACCAAAUCAUACACAAACCACCAGAUCAUUAUGCGAGUGCGACAUAUAUACAUCCAUUUAUGAUAAUGACCCACAAAUGAAAGCUGUGAUGGAAAAUUACAAUCGACAAACAUCUGAUCGAUUUAAAGAAUAUGAUGAAAGGAUGAAAACUACACGCCAAAAAUGUAAAGAUAAAUGCGAUAAAGAAAUACAAAAAAUUGUUUUGAAAGAUAAAAUGGAAAAACAAAUGGCACAACAGCUAACCACAUUGGAAACAAAGAUAACCACUGAGGAUAUUCCCACAUGUAUUUGUGAAAAAUCAUUAGCAGAUAAAACAGAAAAAUUUUGUCUUAAUUGUGGAGUAAAUGUGGGAGGUGGUGUUACACUGUCUUCAGGAGUAUUAGGAGGAAUUGGUGCAGUUGCUGUAAAUGCGUGGAAAGAUGCAGCAAUUAUAGCGGCUAAGGAAGCGGCUAUAGCUAAGGGUGCUGCGGCCGGUAAAAUUGCGGGUGAAGCGAAGGGUGUGGACGUAGUUAUUUAUUAUCUAAAAGGAUUGGGUGUAGAGGAAUUAAUUCCUAGAAUAUCGGAAUCCAUUGGUAAAACGAUACCUUAUACUAAUGCUGGGAAGAUUUCUGAUAUUAUUUAUGGGAAAUAUACUACGACCUGUAUGGGUUUGAACAAUAGAGGUCCUCCUGCUGCAUGCAAUAGUUUUAAUAUUAAAUUCGGUCUAUUUAAUACAAGAGGUAAACCAAUUGGUUCUCCACCAUCUAGCGCUAUACCAACAAAAGUGAGAGAAGCUGUUGAUAAAGCUACAAGAUCUGCUAAAGCAGCUGCUGAGGCUAAAAGUACUACGGUUACUGCUGAAAUUACAGAAAAACAGACCGCUUUGAUAGAAGCUGGAUUUAACAGUUCCAUUACUUCUAUAAAUGCUUCUAUUAUAGCAAUAUUAAUUAUAGUUUUAAUUAUGGUAAUCAUAUAUUUGAUUUUACGUUAUAGACGAAAAAAAAAAAUGAAGAAAAAACUGCAAUAUAUAAAAUUAUUAGAAGAAUAG